AUGUUUCGACCACAAGGUGGCAAAGGCGGCGUCAACUACGGUGACAUCCCGCCUAACCAGACGCUGUACGUCAACGGGCUGAAUGAGAAAAUCAAGGUGCCAGAGCUGAAGAACUGCCUGCUGGAGCUUUUUUCCAGCUACGGCGAGGUCAUUGAUAUCGUUGCCGCAUCCAGCCUCAAGAAGAAGGGUCAGGCCUUCGUGGUCUUCAGAGACAUAUCCUGUGCCACGAAUGCGCUUCGAUCGUUAAACGGCUUCGUGUUUUUGGACAAGCCCAUGAAGAUCAAUUACUGCAGGACAAAAUCAGACGUUGUAGCACACGAGGACGGCACUUGGAAGCCACGUGCGAAGCUCGAAGCCCAAAAGGAGGAAGCGAAGAGGGCAAAGACUGCGCCAGCACUCGUAGCGCCAAAGAGCAUCCAGCCAAAGAUGGCGGCUCACCCCUCAUCAGGGGAGGGAGGAGCUGAUGGUCAGCCUUCCAACGUUCUCUUCGUGGAGAAUCUGCCAGCAGAGGUGAACGAGCUGAUGCUCACCAUGCUCUUCAGGCAGUAUCCUGGCUUCCAAGAGGCUCGGCUCAUCAAGGGCCGCAACGUAGCCUUCAUCGAGUACUCAGACGAGCUGCAGGCCGGCAUCGCAAAGCACGGUUUGCAGGGUUUCAUGGUGACACCGGACAUGGCCUUGAAGAUUGCUUUCGCCAAGCAGUGA